ACAGAGAAUAGCAAGGGAAAGAAGCUGGCGAGCAGCUCAGCGAGCCGUGGGCUGCACUCAGCAUUUCCACUCAGACAUGCAGUGGUGGCAGAACAAUUUCUGAUGUGAAGUCACCAGGGACUGUUGCAUGACAUCUAUUCCAAGAGCUCUAUUUCUGGGUGAGCUAUUUCGAGGCUUCCUACAUGGCCUGUUGAAAUCAAUGUGAUGGCAGCACAAUGAUUUCCAGUGCUGUUCAAAGUCCUUGGUCACAACCACAGCAAACCCAGCCAAAUCCAGGGGAAAUAACAACUAGAAAAAGUUAGAUUUCUUUCUGCUAUAUCAUUUAUAAACUGUUUGUAAGGGAGCAUUAGGCAGUACUGUUCAUUAUAAUAUCUGAAUGCCAUACUGAGUGUGGAAGUGGUGUUUUUCCCACUCUCUGGACUUGCUGAAGCACCAGCAGUGGUGUUCCUCUGCCCAGCAGUGCUCCAUGCUUGCUCUGUGCCCUGAGUCUUCCACCUUCAUGUGGAAAACCAUUCCUGAAGGUGGAAGGUAGGAUCACACCCAGAGAAAUGUGGGAUUUCUUUCUUGUUGCACCUGCAGCAUCGCCCGCACAGGAAAUAUUGCACAUCUUGGUGCAACUUACACUGCAGUUAGCAUGGCAGGCUGUGCUUGGGAAAUAGCUCUCUUAUUGCUCAGCAACAUUUUCUGUGCUUUUGCCAAAAGAAAACCAGGGGCAUUUCUUAAGCAGGUGUGAAGUUAAUCUAAAAUCUGCCUCUCCAUCUGAAAUGCUCAGCUUGUCUCUUCAUGUGUCAUCCACAACCGACUGCAUGGAGAUUGGGCUCUGGGAGCUCUGCCACUCUGGAAUACAAACACCUGCAGCCACACAUCCCCAUUUCAAACCUGGGAGCACCACCAGGCUCUGCCCACUGCCAAAUGGGCUCACCCAUGGCCCCACUCCUUGGGGUGCCCUGCUGACACCACGGGGACCUGCCUGGAUCGGCUCCAAGCAAUGUUCAGUUCUGUUUAAUACAGUUUUGUGGCUGCAAGUUGCAGCACUGCUCUGUGUAUUUUUGGGAGCUCCUUCCAAAACCCCAGAGCAGUAGAUGAGCAGCUGCUCUUUAUCACCUGCACCAAGUAUUCAGAGGAGGUACAGAUGAGUUACUUUGUGCCAGGAUUCCCUCUCACUGGGAUAACUGCGACGACUGCUGCUCUGUUCCAAGCCCCAUCCAAAGGUGUAGAUUUUGUUGAUAUGGCAUUUUCAAUUCAACUUUUUCUAUUUGAGAUGUAUGGCUUUUCUAGUGAAGUGAUUGUGGCUGCGGGAGUGCCUAAUUUUAUCUUGAAGCUGCUGUGGAAAGAGGAAGGAGAACACUGCAGCCAAAGAAAAACAAAAGCAUAAAAACCCAUAUGAUGUGAAUGCACCCGUAGCAGUGAAACCUGUGUGUUUGCUUGGGCACAACUUGCUGAGUGAAUAGCAGUGAUGGAUGAUUCUAAAUAACACUCCUGUUUGAUAGCAUUGAACAGCUUUUAAUAAUUAAAGAAGCAUGCCCUUUCACCCGCAGUUAAUGGUUAGCUUUAAUGGUUAGUUUUACUCCUCGGCUUUUCUGCUUCUAAAGAAUGUGAUUAUUUUGCAGCCAUUUCCCCAGUUACAGAGGAGAUCUGCUCAGAUUUUGAGAAACACAAACAUGAAAAUUGCAAAGUAGGUGGAGACAUUUGGAAGUACAAAAGAACAGGAGGAAAAGAUGAUGCUACAAAAACACCAUGAAAUCAAACAAAUCCAUUUCUGGUUCAUCCCCACUGCCCCCAUUGGCCAGCCAAGAUUCAGCUGUAAGACAGAAAGGCAUUUCCCAGGGGAUGAGGGACAUCUGCGUGCCCUGUGCCAGGCCCCAUUACAGCAGCAGCUGCAGGCCAAUAGCACAUGCAGAUAAUUGUGCUAUGUAAUUAGCUCCCUCCACUCCCAGCAGUGCUGUGCUUGGGGCUCCCGGUGGUGCAGAAGGAGCAGAGCUGCUCCCGGGCUCAGUGGUCUCAGCCCUGCUUAGGGGAUGGAGUAGUGGAGGUGCCAAAAUGAAGGUCAACAACGCGCUGGCGAAGGCUCUGUAUGACAACAAGGCAGAGUGCUCGGACGAGCUGGCCUUCCGCCGAGGGGACAUCCUGACAGUGCUGGAGCAGCACGUCGUCGGCAGCGAGGGCUGGUGGAGGUGCUCACUGCAUGGACGGCAAGGCCUGGCUCCUGCCAACCGCCUGCAGCUCCUGGCGGGCCCACAAGCCCUGCCGCCUCCCGCCAUCCCCAGCGAUGCUCCAGAGCCACCCGUGGCCUUGCAGAACAUCUACCAGGUGCCAUCUGUGCCCAAAGGCACUGCGUCGUCCUCUACCUAUGAGAAGAUGGAGGGGUGGGUGACAUCGCCGGCUCGGGCUGCCACCCUGCCUGCUCAGGGGGUGUACCAGGUGCCGGCCUUGGCUGCACAGCUGCUCAGUGAGAGGACACGGAGCUCCAAGCAGCAGCACCUCUUCACUCUCCCAAGGGCGUGCCGGGCUUCAGUGCCAAACAUCACCAGUGAGGUGUACGAUGUCCCAUCCAUGCAGAGCCGGGAGUCCUUACUCACACAGAGUGGUGCCACCCCACCUGCAGCACGAAAGGGCUCAGUGCUGGUCAGAUCUCCCAAGUGCUUCCAGGAAGAGCAGCAGCUCUACAAUGUCCCAUCCAGCUCAGAGAAGGCUGGAGCUGUUAUCCAGGAUUCAGCAGUGGGCAAUUUGUAUGAUGUCCCUCCGAAAAGAGAAACUGAUGCUUCAGAGAAGAAAUCUCAGAAGAAGUACUGGGGUCACUGUAACACCUUGCCAAAUCCUCGGAAGUCAGAAUGGAUUUAUGAUAUUCCAAUAUCACCUGAAAAAACAGGAUUAAAACAAAACUCUUCUGUCCAUUCCACGGAGAACCAGGUGCUAUAUGAUAUACCCCCAGCCAGGUACAAGGCACCAACAACAAAUGCUGAAGCCAAUGUUGUAAAUCCAGAAUUGUACAAUAUUCCACCAACACAACGGAAAUUAACAUUUCCAGAUGUCCAUCUGUAUGACGUUCCAUCCUCAAAGGAUGUUCUCUCGCAGCAGAAUGGUAGCUGUGAGGUACCCCCAAGUCUCCUGGCUCCAAAUGCUGAGAAUCAGACUUCUGGAGGAAAUGUCUAUGAUAUUCCAAAAUGUUUGCCCACUGCUACACAGUCCAAGAAGGAGAUGGAAAAAAACACCAACCAUUCUGGGAACCAGGCAUACCAUGUUCCCCAACAGCUCUCGAAAGACACCAAACUAGAACACGACAGAUUAUCUGUUUCUAGUGUGGACAGCAGAAACAGCAGUCUUUCUACAUCCUCAAACUCUUCUUCUGAGUCUUCUUCUGUGUCAUCAUCAGAAGAGCCUGCCAAAGAAAUUAAGCUGGACCUCGAGGUGGCCAUAGAGACGCUGACUAGAUUGCAGCACAGUGUAUCCAGCUCUGUUGCAAGUUUAAUGAUCUUCGUGAGCAGUAAAUGGAGAUUACAAGAGCACCUAGAAAAAAACAUUGAAGAAAUCCAUAGGGCCGUUGAUCACAUAAAAGUCUCACUUGGAGAAUUCUUGGCCUUUGCUCAAGCCUUAAAGGUAAAUGCAUCCUACCUCACUGAUAAUAAUCUUCAGAUCAGAAUUAAAAAACAGCUAGAAAUUCUUACGAACUCAUUCCAAAUCUUGACAGAAACACGAGAAGCCCUAAACAACUGCAACUGGUCCUUAGAGGUUUUGGUCCUCAAGAAACCCUACAACAACCCAGAUGAUCUCGAUCGCUUUGUUAUGGUUGCCCGCACGAUUCCAGAUGAUCUCAAGAGAUUUGUAUCCAUCAUCAUUGCCAAUGGAAAGCUUCUCUUCAGAAAGAAUGAGAAGGAGCAAGAAGUGAAGCAACCAAAAGUGAGCCCAGGAUAUAAAAUGCCAAAACAAAUCAUGGCACCAAGCAAAAUAGAAAUAGAUUCACUUCCAGUAAAUGCUUCUGAUAAACCCAAUCCAAGUCAAGGCAGUAAUGAGACAACAAAAGAAAAUAUCACUGAGGACUGUGAAUACGUUCAGCUACAGGCACAGAAAAUAAUUUCUGGCAAAGAAGUGUCAAAGAAGAGUACAGAUUCAAAACCAAAGGUGUUGCCAUCUACAAAAAAGAAUGCAGUUCGAAGCCAGCAAGAUUCUGCCAAAAAAAUUGUUGUUCCAGAGCAAUGCAGGCUGUGUUUCGGCGCCCUUCACAAAGCCAUUGCUGUGUUUAAUAACAGCCUGAGCAGUAACCAGCCACCUGAAGUCUUCAUAUCCCACAGCAAAUUGAUCAUUAUGGUGGGGCAGAAGAUAGUGGAUUCUCUCUGCCAGGAAACACAACUGAGAGAGGCUCGGAGCGACAUUCUCCACAGCAGCAGCCGGUUCUGCAGCCUCCUGAAGAACCUGGCUCUCGCCACCAAAAAUGCUGCAAUCCAAUAUCCAAAUGCAGACGCAAUGAGGGAACUUCAGAAUAAAAAUGAUGAGCUGUAUAAAUACACACAGCAGUUCAGAGCAAUGUUAGAAUGAGAGUGACUUCACUUUUUAUAACUAUCAUUAGUAUUUUGAACAAUGGUCAAAACUUGAAUUUCUGUGUUGUUACAGUUCUUUCUUCACUCCCUUGGCAGCCAAAGGGCACGAGCAGCUCAGUGGUGCCAACCCUCCGUCCUCCCAAGCACUCCUGCCAGGCAGUUUCCCUUGGGCACUGCUGCACCUCUAGCAGGUUAAGACCCACACGACAGAAGAUGCAGGAGGGAUGUGUAGAAUUAAACGUGUGCUUCCUUUCCUGCUGUUCACACCUUCUCUAGAAAUGUUGUCCUCUUCCUGUUGGGGCAGGAUUUUUUUGCUGAGUAUUUGAGCAAAUGUUAUUAAAUGUUGUUUUUUAUUAUUAUUAUUAUUUUUAUUUAUUUUAAUUUCCACACAAGUCAAAAUUAUAUUUUCCUGUUUUUUUUGUGUGUGUGUGUGUGUUGUUGUUUGUUUGUUUUGUUGUUUUUUUCUGAGCACGUAAAGCCUCUCUUUACAUUCAUCUGCACACCAUUCUGUAAGCUGUGAUAUAUUACUGUGUGUACCAUCAGCAGCAGUUCCUGGAGCACUCGUCUCAAAUCUGUUUUUGAUUUUUUUUUCCCCCGAGAGCGUUACCUCUGCAGCUGUUCGAUGUUCAAACACAACGAAUACAUCACAGGACAGACCUCAUCUCACUGCUGUUAACCAGAAAUGCUCCGGCUGCUGUCUGAGCACGGAUAGAAGGCGUGCAGUUCUGCUCCUCCACUCCCACAGCUCUGGGGAUCGCAGCUCCAUCACUGCCCGAAGCCUCCAGGCAGCUCCUCCACUGUACCCACCUUCUCUGUAAUGUCUGCCAUCGUCUGUCACCUCCUCUGUCCGCAGACCUGCUGCUUGAAGAUGCAGCAGAGAUGUGAGCCCUGUGAGCACCCCUGCGGACCGUUCCUCUUCCUGUGCUGCUUGUAUUUAUCUUGACUAAUUUAUUUAAAAGUUUUAUCUGAAUUUUUAAAGUCUGGCCUUUCUUGGUAGCGUGUACUUGUGUUUUCACCCUGGGGUGACGGGGUGGGGAGGUUUGUAUCUGCUGCUGUCGUUCGUGUCUGUGCAAGGGACAGCUCCAUCGCUGCCGCGCUGCAGUCAUGCUUUGUUAUUUAAAUGCCGGUACAGAACCGUGGAAGAGCUUGGGUUGGAGGGGGCACGUCUGAUGUGGCCGCUAAUCUCCCCAAAUGUGCGUUCUGCCCGGAUUUCUUCACGUAAAUAAAUAAAUCAACGCACAGCGAAACGAAGGAAAGCGGCUUCGGGCACAAAGGGGGGGGGCGAGGGCGCCCCCUGCUGGGCGCGGCGCUGCGCUCUGCGGGCGGCCCGCUGUGAGCCCCGCCCUCUGCUGCGGAUU